AUGGUCUUUGACAGUCACAGGAUUAUUGCUAUGGCAGUUGCACCUGCUGAGAGUAUUGCCUCAUUGAGUAGUGAUCUCUUAUACGACAUAUUACGACGUCUUGAUGGCCCUACGUUGGCUUGUGCGGCUUGCACUUGUGCAUCAUUUUGUUCCAUCUCAAAAGAAGAAAUUUUAUGGGAAAACGUGUGUUCGUCUAUGUGGCCUUCAACAAAUAGGGAAGAUGUCAAAAGUUUAAUAUCUUCUAUGGGCGGGUUCAGAAAAUUCUACGCAGAUUGUUUUCCUCUUAUUUUUAACAAGGAGGCUGGAGAGUAUCAAUGGAACAGCUAUCUUGAGUACCCUGAUGAUUGGACAGAGGCUGAAUAUUAUGGGGAUAUGAAUGAAUUAGAAAGAAUCUCUCCAUCCGAUUUUGUUUCCAUUGUGGAUAUCAAGUUUAAGGAGAAACCAAUCUACUCCAAAGUUCUAUGGGGAAUUCCAAACGCUGAUGGCUAUGAUGCGUGGUUCUGCAACUGUCCCUUUCGGAUCGAUCUUCUCAGUUGUGCAGAUAGAGAUGAUACCAAUGAUGGUGUGGUUACCCUUUCUGUUUCUGAUGGACUGCCGCCAAUCAGUUCUAUGGAAAGGGAAAAGAAAGAUGGGAAGCUAUGGCAGGAACUUCGUGAUGGUCUCUUGCUUAGUUGGAUCAUAGUAAACAAGAAAAUUAAGCAAUCUGCUAAUCUUGCUAGCUGGAGCCCUCUAGAUGGACAACGACAUUGGCCAACAGAUAAGGAUUUUCUCUUUCGUUUUGGAUCUGUUCUCUCUGCCAAGGACAUUCUUCCUUCUCAAGUAGUGCAGUGCAUCCUCAUUAUGAAGUUUAGAGUGGUUCACACUGGACAAGAGGGGGUUCAAACAACUCUCAGAUCAACAGAGCUGAGUAUGCAACUAGAAGACAUGGAAGGUGCGCAUGUUAAUGGGAGGAACAGUUUGCUUAUUCUUAAGAAAGCACUUAGUUGCAGAAGGAGUAAAAAUUAUAGUGAAGUACAUGAAUCCUGUCUUACGUACUCAAGAGCGCAAAAUAAGUUAAAAGAGGAGAAGAUUAGAAACGAAAGUAGGUUUGAUACAAUUUGUAUUCUAAGUAGCAUUGUUGCUGUAAUGACAUUCUGGUGCUAUGUUUUGUGA